GGGAGGGGGGGGGAACCUGAGAACCGGAAGUGGAGGCCGCUUCCUUCAGUCUGCGCCACUGCUGCCGGCGGGCGCCUCUGUCCCGCUCAGGUUUCCUUCCCGAGGCCAGCGCCUCCCUCCGCCGCUUUCCCAGCCCCGCUUGGAUCCCGCUCGCUCCCCGGCCAACCCCGCGGGUCUGACCAUGGCGGAAAACGACGUGGACAACGAGCUGCUGGACUAUGAGGACGAUGAGGUGGAGACGGCCGCUGGGGGGGACGGGGCGGAGGCCCCCGCCAAGAAGGACGUGAAGGGCUCCUAUGUCUCCAUCCACAGCUCUGGCUUCCGUGAUUUCCUGCUCAAACCGGAGCUGCUCCGCGCCAUCGUGGACUGUGGCUUCGAGCAUCCCUCUGAAGUGCAACACGAGUGCAUCCCCCAGGCCAUCCUUGGCAUGGACGUGCUGUGCCAGGCCAAGUCGGGCAUGGGCAAGACGGCCGUGUUUGUGCUGGCCACGUUGCAGCAGCUGGAGCCAGUCACCGGCCAGGUAUCUGUGCUGGUGAUGUGUCACACCCGGGAGCUGGCCUUCCAGAUCAGCAAAGAGUACGAGCGGUUCUCCAAGUACAUGCCCAACGUCAAGGUGGCGGUAUUCUUCGGGGGCUUGUCGAUCAAGAAGGAUGAGGAGGUGCUGAAAAAGAACUGCCCCCACAUCGUGGUGGGCACCCCGGGCCGCAUCCUGGCCCUGGCCCGCAACAAGAGCCUCAACCUGAAGCACAUUAAACACUUCAUCCUGGACGAGUGUGACAAGAUGCUCGAACAGCUCGACAUGCGUCGGGAUGUCCAGGAGAUUUUCCGCAUGACCCCCCACGAGAAGCAGGUCAUGAUGUUCAGUGCUACCCUGAGCAAAGAAAUCCGGCCCGUCUGCCGCAAGUUCAUGCAAGAUCCCAUGGAGAUCUUUGUGGAUGACGAGACGAAGCUCACCCUGCACGGGCUGCAGCAGUAUUACGUCAAGCUGAAGGACAACGAGAAGAAUCGCAAGCUCUUCGACCUCCUGGACGUCCUUGAGUUCAACCAGGUGGUGAUCUUCGUGAAGUCAGUGCAGCGCUGUAUCGCCCUGGCGCAGCUCCUGGUGGAGCAGAACUUCCCCGCCAUUGCCAUCCACCGUGGCAUGCCCCAGGAGGAGCGACUGUCCCGGUAUCAGCAGUUUAAGGAUUUCCAGCGGCGGAUCCUGGUGGCCACCAACCUCUUCGGCCGAGGGAUGGACAUCGAGCGGGUCAACAUCGCCUUUAACUACGACAUGCCCGAGGACUCGGACACCUACCUGCAUCGGGUGGCCCGGGCCGGCCGGUUCGGCACAAAAGGUCUGGCCAUUACGUUCGUGUCCGACGAGAAUGACGCCAAGAUCCUCAACGACGUGCAGGAUCGCUUCGAGGUCAACAUCAGCGAGCUGCCCGAUGAGAUCGACAUCUCCUCCUACAUUGAACAGACCCGGUAGAGACCUCUCCGACCCUCGGCCCGUGACCCCCAAGGAGCUGACCCCUGGCAUGGGGGUGGAGGAGACACUACGGCCACAGCUCCCGCGCAUCAUUUCCUCCCCACCCCCAAGUUGCCCCGACCCCCACAUUGUGUGCGUUGCCCCCCUUUUUCUCCACUGCCUCCCUCUCAUGAUUCAUGUUGUCAGAUUUCCUUUUUUUAACAAAAAACUAAAAACAAAACCAAAAAAAAAAAAGUU